UAUGAACAUGACAUUGAGAAAGUGAGAAUCGAGAAUCAAAUAUUAACGCCAAUGCCAACUCUUCUUCUUCCUUCACUCGUUUUCCCUCUUCACUCUCUGCAAAUCACGUUGAUUUAACACAUUUUCCCUCACUUUCUCGGCAAAAUUCAUCUCCGAUGGGCUUGUCCCGCAACUCGUCAUCUCCGCCGGAGAUCGACGACGCCGCCGCCGGAGGCGGUACCGGCACCGACGUCGGAUUCCACUCGAUCCGAGGCAGAUUCCCUUUCAAACGAAACCCUAGCCACAACCACCACCGCGACAGACAAAAAUCCUCCUCCGAUCGCCAAUUGCCGAGGUCCAACAACAACUCCACCACCACCGCCACCCGAUCUCACCUCCACAACCGCUUCACUCGUAAGGGCCUGCUCUUUCUCUUCCCCUUCUUGAAGUCCAAGUCCGGACUCUACGCUAUGAUAAUCUCCGUCGUCUUCCUGUUCGCUCUCGCUUCCAUGGUGAUGCAGAGCUCCAUCACCUCCGUCUUCCGCCAGCGGACCGAGCGCGGGAGGCAUCUCCGAGAAGGGCUUAAGUUAGGGAGCGCGCUUAAGUUUGUUCCUGGAAGGGUUUCACAGAGGUUUCUCUCCGGUGAUGGCCUCGAUCGGGUUCGCUCACAGCCUAGGAUUGGUGUUCGUGCGCCGAGGAUAGCUCUCAUUUUAGGGCACAUGAUGAUAGAUCCUCAGUCAUUGAUGUUGGUUACUUUGAUUCAGAAUCUACAGAAGUUGGGUUAUGUUUUUAGGAUAUUUGCAGUAGGGCAUGGGAACGCCCGCUCAAUAUGGGAAAAUAUAGAUGGUGGUCUCACUCCUUUGAGUACAGAGCAGCAAGGCCGGAUUGAUUGGUCAACUUUUGAAGGUAUCAUUGCAGACUCCUUAGAAGCAAAAGAAGCCAUUUCAAGCCUUAUGCAGGAGCCUUUUUGUUCAGUACCAUUGAUAUGGAUUAUUCAAGAAGACAGCCUUUCAAGCCGUCUUCCAGUUUAUGAACAAAUGGGUUGGCAGCAUCUUGUUUCUCACUGGAGAAGUGCUUUUAGCAGAGCCAGUGUUGUUGUCUUUCCAGAUUUUACUUAUCCGAUGUUAUAUAGCGAGCUUGACUCUGGAAACUUCUUUGUGAUUCCUGGAUCACCAAUAGAUGUGUGGGCUGCAGAAAGCUAUAGUAAGACCCACACAAAGGAUCAGCUUAGAGAACUCAGUGGAUUUGGUAAAAACGAUAUGCUGGUUCUAGUUGUUGGAAGCUCAAUCUUCUAUGAUGACCUAUCUUGGGACUAUGCUGUCGCAAUGCAUUCCUUAGGGCCUCUGCUGACAAAAUAUGCAAGGAGAAAUGAUGAUGCUGAGUCAUUUAAAUUUGUUUUCUUAUGUGGCAAUUCAACUGAUGGUUAUGAUGAUGCUUUACAGGAAGUUGCUUCACGUUUAGGACUUCCUCAUGGUUCAAUAAGGCAUUAUGGCUUGAAUGGUGAUGUAAAUAGUGUGUUACUGAUGGCUGAUAUCAUCCUAUAUGGUUCUGCUCAAGAUGUACAGGGUUUUCCUCCUUUGUUAAUAAGAGCAAUGACUUUUGAAAUUCCAGUCAUUGCACCUGAUUUUCCUGUCCUAAAAAAAUAUAUUGUGGAUGGAGUUCAUGGGAUAUUUUUUUCUAAACACAAUCCUGAAGCUUUGAUGAAUGCUUUUUCACUUUUGCUUUCAAGUGGAAGACUUUCUAAAUUUGCUCAAGCAAUCGGAUUAUCUGGAAGACAGUUUGCUAAAAAUAUGCUUGCUUUAGAUUGCAUAACUGGCUAUGCAAGACUUCUGGAGAAUGUUCUCAGUUUUCCCUCAGAUGCUUUACUGCCUGGUCCUGUUUCCCAGAUUCAACAGGGGGGAUGGGAAUGGAAUUUUUUCCAAAAUGAAAUAGAACUAGACAUUAAAUUACGGACGAUGGAUGAUGAAAUUUCCUAUGGAAAAGGUACCAUUAUUCAUGCUGUUGAGCAGGAUUUGGCAAGCCUUAACUAUUCAACUAGCUUCCUUGAGAAUGAAACAGAGGUUCCAAUGCAAGAUAAACUAACCAAAUUGGAUUGGGACGUUCUGAGAGAAAUUGAAAUAGCAGAAGAGAAUGAAAUGCUUGAAAUGGAAGAGAUUGAAGAAAGGAUGGAGAAAUAUGUUGGAGUUUGGGAUGAUAUAUAUCGUAAUGCUAGGAAAUCUGAGAAACUAAAGUUUGAAGCCAAUGAGAGGGAUGAAGGGGAGCUUGAGAGAACAGGACAACCAGUGUGCAUUUAUGAGAUAUACAGUGGUACUGGAGCAUGGCCUUUUUUGCACCAUGGUUCUUUGUAUCGUGGGUUAAGCCUUUCUAAGAGAUCACAGAGACAAAGCUCUGAUGACGUGGAUGCUGUUGGCCGUUUGCCUCUUCUAAAUGACACAUAUUAUCGGGACAUUCUCUGUGAAAUGGGAGGAUUGUUUGCAAUUGCUAAUAGGGUGGAUAGCAUUCACAAGAGGCCUUGGAUUGGGUUUCAAUCAUGGCAUGCUGCUGGUAGGAAGGUAGCACUGUCAGCGGAAGCUGAAAGGGUUUUAGAAGAGACAAUGCAUGAGAACUUGAGAGGAGAUGUGAUAUAUUUUUGGGGACGUUUGGACAUGGAUGGGAGUAUCAUAGGAAGCAAUAAUGCACUUACUUUUUGGUCCAUGUGUGACAUCUUAAAUGGAGGCAACUGCAGAACUGUGUUUCAAGAUGGUUUCCGGCAGAUGUAUGCAUUGCCCCCUCAUGCAGAAGCACUACCCCCCAUGCCUGAAGAUGGUGGUUAUUGGUCAGCGUUGCACAGUUGGGUGAUGCCAACCCCUUCUUUCCUGGAAUUCAUAAUGUUCUCUCGGAUGUUCGUUGAUUCCAUUGAUGCUGUGCAUACAGACUCCUCCAGUAAAUAUAGCAUGUGCUUGUUAGGCUCUUCAGAAAUUGAGAAAAAGCACUGUUACUGUCGAGUGUUGGAACUUCUCAUCAAUGUAUGGGCUUAUCAUAGUGCACGAAAGAUGGUAUAUAUAAAUCCGAAUACUGGUUCUAUGGAAGAGCAGCACCCAAUUGAGCAACGGAAGGGUUUUAUGUGGGCAAAAUACUUCAAUUUCUCGUUGUUGAAAAGCAUGGACGAAGAUCUAGCCGAGGCUGCAGAUGACGGUGAUCAUCCGAGGGAAGUUUGGUUGUGGCCAAUGACAGGGGAGGUGCACUGGCAAGGGGUUUAUGAAAGGGAGAGGGAAGAAAGGUACAGACUAAAAAUGGAUAAAAAAAGAAAAACAAAAGAAAAAUUAUACGAAAGAAUGAAGUAUGGUUACAAGCAGAAAUCACUUGGACUAUAAGAAAGAAUAGACAUGAAAUUUACAUACAACAAACACUUACUGAACCCAAUUUUGGUUCACUCGGGAAAAUCGUCUUGCAAAUUGGAGAGAAGCUUUGAUUCUAACAACAUUGGCACAGAUCACAGAGACAGUGUUCUGUUUCUUUCUUCAUUAACUGAACAGUUAUACCCAACGCUCAGUCUCAGAAAAAGGAUGAGACAGAUAGCAAAGGAGAUUCCUAUCUUCUGCUGCUCACUAGUUUCGCGGCCUUUUUUCAUGGUCAAUUGAAGCAGCAUAGAAGAUGCAGGUAGUUCCACUUCCAAGUGUACCCAUAGUCUAUAGAAAUUCAUUCAUCAAUUACAUUUGAUCUUAGCUUAAAUUUGUAUUCUUUCAAUUCUGUAUAUUUGAUAAAUUAACAUUAGUGGCAAUUUUGAGUAGAAUAACGGAUGGUCUUUACUUGAAUA